UAAUGGAGGACGAACAAGAAGUAAUUCAUUGAUCGGAAAAUUAAUUUAAAUUAAAUUAAAUUAAAUAUUAUUGUGUCCAUGGAGCUGCCGCAAAGCAGAAGCCGGCUUCCUCCCCGGACGAGGACGGCUGAAGCCGCCGCCGGCAAGAAUCUGAAUCUGAAUCUGAGUUUGAUGAGUCCGAGGAAGGCUUACAGCCGAUCGGCGGCGUCGGAAAGUAAGCUGAGGAGGAGGAGGAGGCACGGGAGCAAAGAGGUUGUGAGGAGGGCUUUGAUGCAGCCGCCGAGUCAGAAGCCGAGCUGGAGGUGGAGGAAUUUCACGCCCACGCCGACGCGAUUCUCCGCCGUCGACGGCGCGGCGGCGGGGGAGCCCCUCUUAAUUAAUUAAUCGGACGGCGGCGGAUCCUGCUCGUCUGAAAUCUGAAUCUAUCUUGAUUAUUCUUGUUUAUUUAAUUAGCAGAGGCUGAAAUUAAUUAGAUCUGUUUUUUCGAUCAAUCGGCUGUAUAUUCUUUUUGUGAAUUAAUCCAGUGUAAGAUUAAGUUUGGUUCUUCCAUAAAUGAAGUCCAUGGAGGUCGUUAGAAAUUGUUACGGAGAGCUUCUAUGAAGACAAUAAUUAUACAUCUUUAUGCUCUUGAUUUUGUUCUUCAUAUGCAUCAAAAGUCAAAAAUCUUUUUUACUUGAAA